AUGAGCGAAAAGAGCAAGAAGGCUUUGAUGAAUGGUGGAUCCUCGCACACUUGGUUAGCUCGUUUGAUUCAAGAUAUGAUGGACAACAUGUCGCUCCUUUAUAGACACAAAUACUACAUGUCGGGACGAGUAGACCCAUUAGUCACAAGAAUUCCAAGCACCGAUGGAAGUGUAAGCAAGGCAUGGACGGAAGACCCAUUAGUGAACAAGACUUCCAAGCACCGGUAG